UCACCAAGUAAAACAAGCCGCAAAAUCAAUCAAAGAAUCUAUUUUCUGGGUUUCCAAUCCUAUUGAUCUCUUUCUUGGGCUGGUUUAUCUUCUGUGACCCUAGGUGCACCAAACCAUGGCAGCAUUCAGGACAACUGGUUAUUUGAAGCAGCUAGCUAGCCGCUUAAGAGAAAGCGCGACAUAUGCCACUUCAACCCAACCAAAAAUGAAGGCAUAUGCCCCCACAGCUGAUUUGGGGUAUGUGGAAGAAAGCAGUCAUGUGAAAAAAGCACGGAAGGGGGACUUCAUCCCCGUCUAUGUGGCAAUGGGGAUGAUAGCACUGUCAACCACCCUGGGGCUGCGCACGGCGUCGCAGGAGCUGAUGCACUCGCCCCAAGUGCGCGUUAAGAAGAAGCUGAGGGAGACUGUGCCGGAGGUGGAGGAACCCGACAGGAUAAUAAAUGAAGCUGAUAACUUCAUAAAGAAAUCGUUUUUCAGGAAGGUAGCUCACAUCCGGGAUUUCCACCAUAGUCAGCCGGUUCCAGAUACCAUCCAGAAGGAUUGUUUUGUUCAUAUGAAGCGUAAGGCUGAAACUCUGAAAACUGUUGGUGUUGAUCCCAAACGUCGUGUCCUGGAUCAUUGAUAAGCGUGAUCCUGUUUCCUUUCCCCAAAAAAAAUAAAAAAAAGAAGGUUGUUCUGUUGCCUUUACUCUCUGUUUUCAGUUUUACCCUUUUGGGUACAUCUUAGAAAAGAGAGGAUGAAGGAAAUAAUUUCUGGAUUGUCCAGGAAACAUGAUUGUAAAUAGAAUAAUGGUUUGGUUGGUAUGAUGGUGUUUGUCAUCUUUUAUGAAAUACAAAAUCAGGUGGAUAAGGAUGGGACCACGACCAUGACGGUCUUCAUGGAUUGUAAAAAA